AUGGCCGAAAGACAUGUUACCCUAUAUAACAUUCUGGUUGUCGUGGCGUCAACUGUCGCUUCGAUCCUUCUCGGCUACCAAACUGGCUCGGUAGCAUACACACUGGGUCAGGUUUCCUGGUACAACCAGAUGGGCCUUGCAAUGUCGCCAACACAACCAGGCUAUAGCCACACUGUCACCAUAACAUCGGCUGUCACUGGAGCGUACUACGCGUUCGGAUUCUUGGGAUCCAUUGCCAUUGGACCCUUCAUGAAUAUUUUUGGCAGAAUAAGCGCCUUCCGGUUUGCUCUUUUCUGGCACAUCGCCGGUAGUGUCAUUGGAGCAGGGGCCAUGAAUCAAGCCAUGUACAUCGUGCAUCGCUGCUUGAUCGGCUUCGCCAGCGGUAACUCACUGUGCAUCGGUCCAGUCUAUUUGUCGGAAAUCGCGCCCCCUCUAUCUCGUGGCGCGAUGGCUGGAAUGCACGCUUUCGGCCAAAAUUUUGGCUUCUGCCUUGGAGCUUGGAUCGGAUACAGCACGUCUUUUGCGUCGACGUCCACCACAUUCGGCUUCCGUUUCCCGCUAGCUGUCCCCUUGAUCUUCGGACUUGUUGCACUUGGAUUGACCUUCUGGAUGCCGGAAAGCCCCCGCUGGCUUACAGUCAAGGGGCGAAAAGCGGAUGCCUUGAAUGUCUUGACUCGCCUCCACCAGGCACCCGGUGACACGACAAAUGAGUACGCACGCAAGGAGGCCCACGAGAUAAUGGCCCAAAUUGCCAUCGAUGAAGCUGCCUUGAAGGGCCGCUCCGAAUAUGCGGUUCUUCUCACAGACAAAGUCCACCGCAAGCAACUUUUAUUUGCGAUAUUGGUCGUUGCGGGUGCCAUGAACACGGGUGUCUUGGUCAUCUCAAACUACUCAGUCAUUAUAUACACUUCUUUGGGCAACUCGACCUCGGUCUCACUGCUUCUGAAUGCGGUCUGGCUCACGUUAGCAACGGUGUGGAACUUAGUUGGGGCUAUAUUUGCCGACAAUCUCCGUCGUCGACGUGGCUUAGUUAUUGGAUAUGCUGGCGCUUUCAUCUGUCUCAUACUCUUCACCGCGUUGACCGCUAAGUUCACCCAAACAGGAGGUCGUAGCUACGCCAUCGGAAGUGUCUUUUUCAAUUUUCUCUUCGAGCUCUUCUACGGAGCCUUUAUUGACCCCCAAGUCUGGGUUUUGGCUGGCGAACUGUUUCCUACUCAUUUGCGAACAAAAGGCGGCUCGAUUGCGAUCGCAGGCUUCUUCGUCUUGAACGUUGUAUGGACCGAAGCUGCACCCACCGCUUUUGUCAACAUCGGUUGGAGAUAUUACAUCCUCUUUGUCUGUCUCACUGGUCUUCAGGGUCUCCUGAUCUACUUCUUCCUUCCAGAGACCGCAAAUGUUCCGCUCGAGGAACUUGAAGAAUUGUUCGGCGGUCGUGUAGCCAUCCACAUGGAUGAGAUCGAUGUGGCAGCCACAGGCAACAUAGAAAACACAGGAGAUACCUACGACAAGAACUUGGAGCAAGGCCAUGUUGGCAGCAAAAGCCAUGAAUAUACCCAUGCAGAAGAUGCAGGCUCCGACUGA